AUGGUCUCCAAGGGCAUGAUCAAGGAUGCCAAGAAGCCAGCAAAAUUGAGCGGAUCAAGCGUGUGCCAAGGUUGUCUAGAAGGAAAAAUGGUUCAACGACCGUUCCCGAGCAAUCCAAACAAGCGCCAUUACGAUCCGUUUGAGCUUCUACACAUCGACACUUGUGGUCCAAUGGAAGUCGACUCGCUAGGUGGAAGCAAGUACUUGCUACUGAUCGUCGAUGAAGGCAGUGGAUGUACAAAGGGUUUUAGUCUGCGCGCCAAGUCCGACAGCGAAGAGUGCAUCAAGAAGUACAUCAUGGCAGUACAGACGCAGUUUGACUACAAGGUCAAGUUCGUUCGACACGAUGGUGCACGAGAAUUUGCGGCGAAUUCGCUCAAGGCAUUUUACGAUGAUCAAGGAAUCGAGGAGCAAGUUACCGUUCCGUAUGCGCAUCAGACCAACGGCACGGCGGAACGGGCAAUUCGGACCAUUGUGACGAUCGGGCGCAGCAUGCUUCACUACGCCAAGCUGGACAAGUGUUUUUGGGCUGAAGCAGCAAUGACGGCAAUCUACAUCAAGAAUCGCCUACCAUCGCCCAAGUGCCAAGAUCGAACCCCAUUCGAGAUCGUCAACGGAUUUCGACCAAGUGUGAAGCACAUGCGGGUUUUCAGCUGCCGAACGUUUAUGCUGACCCCUAAGGAAAAGAGGUCGAAAUGGGAUCCUAAGGCUCGUGAAGGACUAUUCAUGGGGUACGAAGAAGUAUCAAAGGCAUAUCGCGUUUACGACAUUGAAGCGGACCAAGUGGUGAUAUCUCGCGAUGUCACAUUCGACGAAUCAACGUUUGGUUUCUCGCCGACGCUACCACAAGAAAUUGUUGAUGACACUGCGCUGGAUAUCGAAUCGAUGAACAUCAGCGAUGAGCCUCACCUAUGCAAUUCAAGCAAACUGGAAAACACAAAAGCCGUUCAAACAGUCAAGAACAAGUUCUACAACGGACACUUCUUGAGCGUCGUGGAACCGGGUUAG